AUGUCGGCCCAAAGACUAUCAGAUCAAAGAAGAUCAAUAGUAAAUAACAAGCUUUUAUCAUCUCAAAAACUACUGCAAAUAAGAAAAGAUAUACAAAACAAUUAUAAAUAUGAAAAUAAACAAUAUGACAGCAUAAGGCAUAGUAACGAAUCAAGCAAUACUCAAAAACAAAUCCCACCCUUUUCUCCGGCUGCAAACACAUCAGUAAAUACAGUAAUUGAUAAAGGUAUCCCUCAAGAUAUAAAUACAACGGUUCCAUCAACAUUUCACACACAAAACUUACCCCAAACUUCAGUUCUAGAUAAUAGACAAACAGAAGACAUUAGUUUGGAAGUUAAUCAAGAAAUAGAAAAUCUCUUUCAAGAAACCUUACACUAUAAUAUUAAAACUGAUCCCACUUGCAGAACAUAUAUUCCCAAGCAAAAGUUAUCGAAAAAAUUCUGUGCGAUAUUAAACUAUAUAAAUACUAUCACUUUACCAAAAUACAUAGACCCAAAUAUAGAUUUCAGUACAUUGCAGAAUAUCAUCUACUCUGCAGCCUGGACAGCAGCAAAAUUAAAUGGUUCCAUUUUACACCAAAAUAAUAAAGUACAACCCGAAAAAAAAGCUAAGUGGCAGGUAAGAUUAGAAAAGAAAAUAGAUAAUCUAAGAGUAAAAAUAGGAAAAAUGACACAGUAUAUAAAUGGGAAUAAAAGUGAAAAACUAGCAUACCAAAUCCAACAAAUACAGAAUCAAUAUAAGACACAUUCAACACAUGAAGGCCCAAACACAGAACCUAUCCAUUUUCAUAAUGAAAAAACAUUUUAUCGCAGUAUAAGUGCGAUCAGUUCUAAUCACACAGCAUCAACUCCACAAAAUAUACCAUCGCCGGAAGAACUUCGAAAUUAUUGGGCGGAUUUAUGGGAAACGUCAACAGAGCAUAACGAUAAGGCAGAAUGGAUUAAAACCGAAAUAAACCACCACAACGAUAUUACGCAAAUGGAAUUUGAAUCUAUCCCUAUAGAAAUAUUUAAUAAAGCAGUAGUAUCCCCACAUCGUUUGACAUUAUACAAAGUCAUGUCCAAGCGCCACGUCUGCCACAACACAUGCCUCAACGACACAGUAUUACUU